UUCUUUCGUAAAUUAAAAAAAAUCUGUAAUAAAAGUAAAAUAUCUUUUAUGAAAUAUGCAGUUAGACUUGAAAGUGCUUGUUAUUAAGAUAAUGGGAUAAUGAACUGAAAUAACAUUAUGUUUGCGACUAAAGUUUAUGAAAUAGGCCUCAGCCUAUUUUUCAUGCUAAGUGCGCUAGUUGAUGAGCAUGUUUUUGCACAGACUUUAAAACCAGAGAUACAGUCGAUGCAUAUUUCAUCAGAUAUCUACUUCAGAUUUGCUACAACAGUUGUGGAGACUAAAAUACUCAACGUAAAUCAAGAAGCGGCAGAAAUAAUGUUUGAUAUGACUCUACCAGAUUCAGCUUUUAUAACAGGUUUUACAAUGGAAAUAGGAGGCCAACGGUAUGCUGGUAAUGUCAAAGAAAAAGAGAAAGCAAAGAAACAGUUCGAAGAGGCGAAAAGUCGUGGAGAAAGUGCAGGUCAUAUUGCUGCUUCUCCAAGAACUUCAAACAAGUUUAACAUACUUGUUAAUGUGGAAAAGAAUGCAUUAGUGAUAUUCAAACUGAAAUAUCAAGAAUUGCUUAAACGAAGCCUUGGCUCAUAUCAGCACGUGAUAUAUGUAGAUCCUGGUCAAAUAGUAAAAGACUUUAAAAUAAAAGUGUUCAUUAGUGAGUCCAGAGAAAUCAUAGAUCUAACGAUGCCACCAUUAGAAGGGAAGAACACAACUGAUGUUAGUAAACUCGCUAUUAUCAAACAUACAUCACCAAAGAGAAUAGACAUAACAUACGCUCCCAGUGUUGAGGACCAGAAAGCAAUGUCAGAACAAGGUAUCUCUGGACAGUUCAAAGUAAAGUAUGAUGUAACUAGGGAAAAAGAUGCUGGAGAUUUAUUGGUAGUGAAUGGAUAUUUUGUUCACAUGUUUGCGCCAAAGGAUUUUAAGCCACUUUCAAAAGAUGUGAUGUUUGUAUUAGACAGAAGCGGGAGUAUGUCAGGUAGAAAAAUUAUUCAACUAAAAGAAGCGAUGAAACUAAUCAUGCAGGAUAUGAAACCGGAAGACAGAUUUAACAUUGUGUUUUUCGACCAAAUUCUUGAUUGGUUGAGCAAAACUGACAUGUUACAAGGGACAAAAGUAAACUUUGGUUCUGCAGACAGGUUUAUAGACGCCAUUACUGCUCGCGGAAGUACCAACAUUAACAAAGCAUUAACAGACGGAAUCAAAUUAUUGAAUAAAUACCUUAAUACGCAGAAGUCAACUAUCUUAAUGUUUCUAACUGAUGGACAGCCAACUUCAGGAGAAACACGACCUGCCUCAAUUUUACAAAAUGUAAAAAUAGCCAAUGAGGCUAAAAUUCCAAUUUUUAGCUUAGGUUUCGGAAAUAAUCUUGAUUUUGACCUUCUGAAACAAAUGUCAUUACAAAAUAAUGGGUUUGCACGACGAAUAUAUGAAGAUUCGGAUGCCUCUCUGCAGAUUAAAGGAUUAUAUUCCGAGAUUUCAUCGGCUUUGUUGACAAAUGUCACGUUUAGUUAUGUUGGGGAUGUAAAUAUGAAUUCACUCACCAAAAGCCACUACAAGUAUUACUUUGGAGGGUCCGAAUUGAUAGUUGCAGGGCAAAUGAUAUCUAAAGGUUCUACCAUCAUACCCAGUGUCAAAGGUUGGAAUAAUGGAUACACAGACUUAUUAUGGAAACGAAGACCAGUUCCUGAACUUAAGGCAAUAACCAAGGAUGCUGAUCUGUCGAUGAUAACAGAAAAGAUGUGGGCAUAUCUCACAAUAAAGCAGUUGAUUAAGGAUAUCGAGGGGGAUAUUACAAUUACAAAGAAAGACGAAAUUAAAGCGAAAAUCAUAUCAUUGGCACUAAAGUACCAAUUUGUCACACCUUUCACAUCUAUGGUAGUUACAGCGCCUCAGCUUCGAAAAUCUAGACCUUUCAGAAACAUAUCGCCUAGUAAAGCAUCAGACAAAAUGCUAAAAAUCCCAGACUCCUCUGGAUUAUCUAAGGAACAAAGAUCACCUAAUUUAUUUUUACACAUGAAAGGAUCAACAGUUCCGCUCUGUAUGAAUUUAAAUCCUAAAGAUACCGGAACAUAUCAAUUCUUAUACAGUCCAAAAAAGCAACAAAAGUCCCUUCAUGUAAUCGUUGCAAAAACCAUGAAUCGGAAGAAAAAAAGAGAUUAUAUAAAAGCUGUACGGUUAAGGAAAGGAAAGGAAUCACAGUUUAUGGAUACAAAGAUGAUAAAAAUAUCAAAUGGUAAUAGGAAUUCUACAAAACUAUGGAAGACGAUCAAAAACAAAGCAACAGCAGCAUUUUCCCAAUAUAAUCUUACAACUGUAAUCUCCCCUUCUAGAGAUCCUUUAUUCGGAUUACAGCUGCAUCUUUAUAUAAAACAAAGCAACAUCGUCAAUGCAACUGGACCAUUACGCUGGUUUAUUGGAAUGAACAUAAAAAGCAUUGGACGUGAAAUAGUUGUUCGCCCGAAUGUAGGAAAACAGAUUACUAUAAGAAAUUAUGUGCUUCUUACGACUACGUCUGUAUCUUCAUAUCUAACAGACUCGUGUUGGUACAUUAUCAACCCAGAAAUCGAAUUCCCACCGUUUGAACAUUUAUUUCAGCAAAAAGAUGUUGAUACAUGGCUAUAAUUAUACGAGAUCAAAAUAAAGUUUUUUUUCAAAAGUUCAA